ACACUGCAAACACUUUUGUGUAAAAAAAAAAUCAUCAGGAAAAUCUACAAGCAGGCCAGGCGGCAUUUAAAACAUUGUAAAUUUGUAAAUCUUACAUAGUAAAAGCGUUUUUAUGAAUAUGGCUGACGGUGAUAAUGCAAUGGCCAAAAAUCGGGACACCAAAUCAACAGCUGGUAUGCAGAUAAUUCCUGGCGAGAUGGUGGCAUCAAUUGAAGAAAUUGUGAUGAUCGAUCCUGAAUGCUAUGAACUUGAUUUGAAUCAUCGACGCAUAGACAAACUGGAGAAUUUUGAGCCUCUAAUUAAUAUUGAGCGAUUAUAUUUGCGUUGGAAUCUUAUAAAGAAAAUUGAGAACUUGGAAAUGCUGAAGAACCUUGUAGAGCUGGAGCUUUACGAUAAUCAAAUUACAAAAAUUGAGAAUCUUGAUGAACUGGAGAAUCUGGAGAUUCUGGACCUCAGCUUCAACAGACUGACCAAAAUCGAGAACUUGGACAAACUACUCAAACUGCAAAAAUUAUAUUUUGUGGCAAACAAAAUCAACUUCAUUGAAAACAUUGGCAUACUAACCAAUCUUACGAUGUUAGAACUUGGAGACAACAAGUUGAAGAAGAUUGAAAAUAUCGAAAGUUUGGUGAAUUUGCGUCAGCUAUUUCUAGGCAAGAACAAAAUAGCGAAAAUUGAAAAUCUCGAUACUUUAAUAAACCUUGAAAUAUUGAGUCUUCAAGCAAAUCGUAUUAUCAAGAUUGAAAAUUUGGAGAAGCUUACUAACUUGAAAGAAUUGUAUAUAUCAGAAAAUGGUAUUGAAAUCAUUGAGAAUUUGUCCGGCAAUAAAAACUUGGACACACUCGAUCUUGCCAAGAAUAGAUUGAAGACAAUAAGCAAUUUGGAAGCACUAGAGCAGCUGGAGGAAAUAUGGUUGAAUGAUAAUGGUAUCGAUAACUGGAAAAAUCUGGAAGUGUUGAAGAUAAACAAAUCACUACAAACAAUAUACCUAGAACACAAUCCAGUAGCUACAGAUGUCCGCUAUCGCUCCAAAUUGCGUGACAUUCUGCCCCAUCUGCAAAAAAUAGAUGCCACUUUGUGUGUGAUGCCAGGUGCACAAUCGUAAUUAAAAUCCAAAAAUAUAAAAACCGCUGAGUAUAACUAAGCGUUAACAAAUAAAUUAUACACUUAAAUAAAUUUUCAAUUAUCUUGUCACUGUGGAACAAUUUUGAUAUAUUUUCUUAUUUAUUUAAAAACUUUUCUUGUAUUGCUCAAAUAUCAAUGGCAUAGAAGUUAGAGAAAUAAGUUUGUUCAUUAAAAUACAGCAGUCGAAAUAUGUACUUAUUAUUUAACAUAAUUCUUCCUUUGCUUAAAUAUUGAUGGCAUAGUAAUCAGAGACAUUGACCUGAUGUGGUCCACCAUAAAAGUCCAGCACAAAUAUAUUUUGAAUAUCCAGUUCACAAAGGUAAAAUUGAUGUCCUGAAAAAUUAGUUAUUGGGAUAUUGAUUAUUUUUCAAAUGUUAAGUAUAUCGGAUACUAUACUGGUUAUCCACUUUUCAGCUGCCGGGUGACGAUCAAUAAACACUCUUAGUGAAGAAUUGUACUUCGGUGAAUCUUUGUCCAUCUGUAAAAUUUAGCAUAUUAUGUAGGUAUGUAAUAUAAACAGUAAGAGUUUCGUAACACACCUUUGUUACUUGUCCACUAAGCAUAGCACGCGCACAAGUCGGCUCCAUAGGAUCCUUAUUAUAGCUUUUGCAAUUUAAGGUUUGUUCAUCAGUAAACAUGAAAGUCACUUUGUUAUUGCUUUGCCAAUCGUUGCCCGUAAAAUCCAAA